AUGCCCAAAUCCGCCUCCUUCGACGUCCUAGGAACCUGCUUCACCUUCUCCGGAGYCAUCCGCGUAAUUUCCACGCGUCUCGGUCCCGCUCUCUCCAAACACGGCAUCGAUCCCAAAACUCUCUGUUUCAGUUGGUUUUUCGCCGCGCAGAGAGAUUUCACCUACACUUCCAUGGUAGGAUCAUAUACGCCCAUCGCCAGCAUUCUCAAACAUACCUUUCGUCGAGCAUGCGCGGUUUCGGAUCUCCCAAUCUCUGCCGUGAGCAAUGAGGAUGUAGAAGCUAUUAUGAAUGCUGUGAAGCGUCUGGAGCCACGAGAGGGAUUGAAGGAAUGUUUUGAGGGGUUGAGAGGGGAUGGAUGGGAUGUGUAUGCUGUGACGAAUGGAGGGAAAGUAGCGAGUUUGAAGUAUUAUGAAUUGGCGGAUGUGGAAAUUGAUGGGGAGCAUUUGUUAAGUUGUGAUGAUUUACAAGUCGCGAAACCUGAUAAGAGGGUUUAUGAGAAUACGCAUAGACAUUUGACGACGAGAGGGGUUGGGGUGGAAGGGGAUGGGGAGAGAUGGUUUGUUGCUGCGCAUGCGUGGGAUUUGAUCGCUGCGAGGAAGGCUGGGUUUAAAACUGCUUAUUUGAGUUUUGAGGAACAUGAUAGUGUCCGAGAGGUUUUUGGGGAGUUUGAUGUUUAUGCGGAUUCUAUGGGGGAGUUGUUGGAGAAAUUGAAGCGGGUGUGA